AUGUCGUCCUCGAAGCAGGACAUGGAUCAGCAGCGUCCGAUGCCCAUUGCCAUAAUCGGCAUGUCCUGCCGUCUAUCGGGAGGCGUCUCGACUAUCGACGACUUUUGGACCAUGCUGUCGCGAUCCCGUGAUGGUUGGCGGCCAAUUCCCGAGGACAGAUUCACGACCAAGGCCUUCUAUCACCCGGAUCCGCAGAAGAAGGGGUGCUUCAACAACCGAGGUGGCUAUUUCAUGGAUGGUGACUUGUCGACCUUUGAUGCGCCAUUCUUCCACAUCACCAAACAGGAGGCCGAGGCUAUGGAUCCUCAACAGAGACAUCUCUUGGAGUGCACAUAUGAAGCUCUGGAAAAUGCUGGGCUUCCCAAAAACGCUGUUUCUGGAAGCAACAUGGGCGUCUUUAUCGGCGGCACCUCGUCGGACUAUCGACUCGGCACCCUGAAAGAAGUAGGCCAGAUACCCAUGUAUGAUGCCACGGGCAAUCAUCAGUCCAUCCAAGCCGGACGCAUCUCGUAUUACUUCAACCUUCAUGGCCCGUCAUUCGCCGCGGACACGGCCUGUUCGUCUGGGCUAUACGCACUUCAUUUAGCUGUGCAGAGCAUCCGCUCAGGGGACUCGGACUCAGCAAUUGUCGCGGCAUCAAGCUUGCAUUUGCAGCCUCACGAUAUGAUUUCCAUGUCCUUGCUGGGUCUUUUUAAUGAGCAUGGCAAGACCUUUGCUUUCGAUCACAGAGCAAAGUCUGGCUUCGCUCGAGGUGAAGGCACUGGCUGCCUCAUCCUCAAACCUCUUCACAAGGCUCUGGAAGACAACGACAAGAUCUUCUCCGUCAUCGUGAACACUGGCACGAACCAAGAUGGUAAAACGACUGGAUUGACAAACCCCAGUGGUGAAGCCCAAGAGCGUUUGAUACGCGAUGUCUACGCCAGAGCCGGCAUCUCUCCCGAGGACACCGGCUAUGUGGAAGCUCACGGAACUGGGACGCGAGCGGGAGACCCCAUAGAGGCCCAUUCCAUAUACCGCGUCUUUGGAGCCGGCCGUACGAAGCGCACGCCAUUAUACAUGGGUUCCGUCAAGUCAAAUGUCGGCCAUUUGGAAAAUGCAAGUGGCAUCAUAUCCGUCAUCAAGGCGUCCCUGAUGCUGGAAAAGGGCUUCAUUCUCCCCAACGUCAACUUCGAAAAGGCCAACGAAGCCAUCCCCCUCGACAAGUGGAACAUCAAAGUUCCGACCAAUAUACGGCCGUGGCCUCGCAACAAGCGCUUCGCCAGCAUCAACGGCUUCGGCUUCGGAGGUUCCAAUGCGCACGUCGUGCUGGAGAAAGUCCCAUUUUCGAUAGCCGAUCUCCCUCAAGAAACCCAGAGCAACACCGCCAGGCUGUUUGUCCUAUCCGCCCAUGAUGAAAGUGCAGCCAAGCGAGCGGCCGAGCAGCUUGGCGUCUAUGUUGAGCAGCAUCCCGAGGUCUUUCAGAAGCGCCUGGCGAGCGACAUGGCAUACACUCUGGGUGAGAGGAGGACACAUCUCCAGUGGCGCAUUGCAAUCACGGCAUCAUCGUGCGAUGAGCUUGCGAAUGCUCUCAACGGCAUCGGAGCAACUCCUACAGUCUCCUCCAGAGCACCCAAAGUGGCUUUCGUAUAUACCGGUCAAGGAGCUCAGUGGGCAGGAAUGGGCAGGGAACUCAUGGAGAGCCAUCCGAUAUUCGCCAACACCGUCCGAAGAUGCAGUGACUAUCUGCAGGAAAUUGGUGCCGAGUUCUCGCUCCUAGACGAGCUUGCCAAGGGCAAAGAAGACACUCUGAUCAACGAGGCGCACAUCUCGCAGCCUGCUUGCACAGCGAUCCAGCUGGGCCUCACGACGCUCUUGAAAAAUUGGGGAGUCACGCCAUCGGCGGUCAUUGGUCAUUCCAGCGGAGAGAUCGGGGCCGCUUUCGCCGCUGGUGCCAUUGGCCUCGAGGAUGCCAUGUCUGUUGCCUACUGGCGCGGAAAGGUAGCCUCAGGGAUGAAGAUCAAGCACCCGGAUCUUCGAGGGGCAAUGUUGGCGGUUGGUGCCGAGGCCGGAGAAGUCAGGAGCAUCAUCAAGUCCCGGGGCGUCCGGGGUGUCGCCGUGGCCUGCGAGAAUUCCCCAAGUUCCAUCACGGCUUCCGGGGACGAAGAGGGUGUCGACAGUCUUGCUGCAGAACUGGAGCGUCGAAGCAUCUUCAACCGCAAGUUGAGAGUGAAUAUGGCAUACCACUCUGCCCACAUGCAGCUGGUUGCAGAUGAUUACAAGGCAGCCAUCAAAUACGUGGCACCUCAAGCAACCUCUGGCGUCGAGUUCUACUCCUCGCUGAUGGGCUGCAAGCUCGAGUCGACAUCGUCCCUCGGUCCAUCUUAUUGGGUCGAAAAUCUGACAAACCCCGUGCUCUUCUCUACAGCUCUCAAAGAGCUGUACCUUGGCGAGAAGCCAGACGUCAUUGUCGAGGUCGGCCCUCAUUCAGCCCUUGAGGGCCCUAUCAAGCAGAUUUUGAAGGCUAUCAGCCCUGAAGCUGCCAAGGGAACCAAAUAUUUCCCUUGUCUCGUUCGAAAUCAACACGCCACCUUUACUGCUUUGAGCUGCGCAGGCAAUUUGUUUGUCAAGGGCCACGCAAUUGACUUUGGGGGGCUCAACCAUCCGAUUGAGGGCGUCCAACCGCCUGCUGUUGUUACAGAUUUCCAUCCUUAUCCUUGGUCGCAACACAAGUACUGGUUCGAACCUCGUUCGUCGAAGCAGUCGCGCCAGAAGCCUUUUGCACGCCACGACCUCUUAGGCCUCUUGGAGGACUCAUACAGUGAGCUUGAACCGAAAUGGAAGAACAUCAUCUCGACAGAUGAUGUGCCAUGGCUCAAGGACCAUCGGAUGCAGUCCUUGGCCACCUUCCCCUUGGCAGGUUACAUCUGUAUGGCCGUGGAGGCGGCAUCACAGCGGGCUCAGUUGCGAGGUAUCCCAGCCGAGCAAAUCGAAGGCUUUCGUCUGCGUGAGAUUCAAGUCUCCAAGGCCCUUAUCCUCGAUGACGGUGCUCCGUAUGAGACUGUAUUCUCAUUAAAGCCUUAUGCGGAGGGUACAAGGUCUGAUUCGAAUGAAUGGGAUGAGUUCCGCAUCUCGUCAUGGACCUCAGCUAGGGGGUGGCUGGAGCAUUGCAGUGGCCUCGUUGGAAUCAAGAAGGUUGUGGCGAUGAACCCAGUAAGUUCUGGCCAGUUGCGUGCCGCGUCCAGCCGCCGCCAGCACAUCAUGAGCAUGAGCUGCCAACAGAUACCCCUGGACAACUUCUACUCCGAGCUGGGAACUCGCGGAGCUGGAUAUAGCGGAGUCUUUCGCCUCUCUCCAAAUGCCGACAUCAACAUUCAUCAGCAGUACUCGACUACCACAUUGGCCAUUCCUGACACUGCGGCGACGAUGCCUGCUUCAUUCGAGUCAGCAUCUCUUGCACCCGCAGCAUUUGUGGACCUGUUGUUCCAGCUUACCUUUCCGAUACUCGGCGCCGGCAGUGGCGAGAUGCCCUCUCUCUUCAUGCCAUCAGCCGUCAAGGAGAUCGAUAUAAGCAGCGAGUUACCAAAGUCUCCCGGCGAGCGAGUGCAAGUGGUUGCUCACGGCUGCCCAAACUUUGCCGCUCCUGGACCUGUUGACUUUCUCAUUGAUGCGUGGUACCGCGAUGCCCUUGAGCCCGUCAUCAAGAUCAGCGGCUUUAGAAUGACGCCAGUAAAUGGUGAUAUGAAUGAGAGUCCAAGCCCGCGAUCUAUAUGCUACAAGGUGCAAUGGGAGUCCCUUGAUGAGAUAAAUGAAAGACUGGAAGGGGAAGGAUCGAAACCGACGUCCGCGAGUGGUGAGGUUGUGGUGUCGGGUCAAGUCAACAGCCUAGCCAAUGCCGAGUUCGUCCUUGUAUCUCGUCAUGAUAGAAGCGAUCCACUGGUAGAGGCUCUCUUCGACUUGCUAGAGCUGCGUACCGCCAAGAGGCCACGACUCGUCAACUUCGUUGACCUUGAUCCUGAGCCCACUUCUUCUUAUAUCUGUUUGACAGAGAUAGAUGAGCCGCUCCUUGCCAAUAUGACACAGGAAACAUUCGAGAAGGUGCAGACUCUGCUCACCAACUGCCAGUCAGCGCUUUGGGUGACCUCGGGAGCAUAUCGAGUCGCAGAACGUCCCGAGGCCAACAUCUCGCAGGGGCUCCUGCGCACUGUCCGCUCCGAGGCAAGCAAGGCCGUAGCCUCUCUCGAUUUAGACCCCCAUUCUACCCUCGAUGUCCGUGACACAGCCGAGCUCAUCCUUCGUGCCGCCAAAGUCUCCAUGGCAAUCCCAGAGGGUGAUACCCCUGUGGACUAUGAGUUCGCCGAAGAGGGUGGUAAGCUCAUGGUUCCCCGUCUUGUCAAGCAGAGCGACAUGAACCUCGCCAUCUUUCACGACACAGAGGCCUCGGCCGCACCGCCAUAUACGCAGCCAUUUGAGCAGCCCGGACGACGGCUGAAAGUUGCCGUCGGUACAUAUGGCGCUCUCGACUCUCUAUAUUGGCAGGACGAGCAGGAGACGGCCCUGAGCCCGUACGAGGUCGAGAUCAAAGUGGCGUGCACGGGUAUGAACUUCAAAGAUGUAGUCAUUGCCAUGGGUCAAGUGGCCAGCCCGUAUCUUGGAGUCGAAUGCAGCGGCGUGAUAUCUCGAGUUGGUGCCCACGUUCGUUCCCUCAAAGUGGGCGAUCGUGUCUGUGCCAUGUCUCUGGGCGCCUACAGCACGUACACCCGGUGUCUCGAGACCAGCGCUGCUGCCAUCCCCAGCAGCAUGAGCUUCGAGGUGGCCGCUUCCAUUCCCGUGGUGUACUGCACUGCUUAUUAUGGCAUUGUAGACCUGGCCCGGCUGGAGCAUGGUGAAAAGAUAUUGAUUCAUGCUGCAACUGGUGGCGUUGGUCAAGCGGCCAUCCAGCUCGCUCAGAUGAUAGGUGCCGAGAUAUAUGCCACUGUUGGGAGUGCAGACAAGAAGCAGUUACUGAUGGAGACGUAUGGCAUCCCUGAAGAUCGUAUCUUCUACAGCCGAGAUACUUCGUUUGGCCCAGCUAUCCGAGAGGCCACCGGCGGCCAUGGCGUCGAUGUCGUGCUCAAUUCGCUGGCGGGUGAUCUCCUUCGCGAGACAUGGGAGUGCCUUGCACCGUUUGGCCGCUUCAUCGAGCUAGGGAAGCGAGACAUUACGAAGAAUACAAGGCUCGAGAUGGCCAAGCUCGAGUUCAACUGCACAUUCAGUUCAGUGGACCUGACGCUUGUUGCGGCAGAGCGGCCCAAGAUUAUGGAGCGCACUUUUGCCUCCGUCAUGCGUCUCCUCGAAAGCAAGACGAUCAAGCCCAUCGGGCCCAUCACAUCUGUGAGCAUCCAGGACGUUGAAGCUGCACUGCGCAGGCUGCAGAGCGGCAAGACGACAGGCAAGCUGGUAGUGACCCAUAGUGGCCAAAGCCAAGUCAGGGCCACGCAUCCUGCACCUCGCUCGGAUAUGUUGGAGUGCGAUGCGACAUACCUCGUCAUUGGCGGAACAGGCGGUCUUGGACGCUCUAUUACAAGACGGAUGGUAAGGCGAGGUGCUCGUCAUAUCAUCCUGCUCUCUCGGAGCGGCAAGAUUACGGAUGAGGUGAACAAGUUGAUGAAAGAAAGCCGCAGGCUAGGUGCCUCGAUAUACGUUGUGCCUUGUGAUGUUGCAGACGCGGAGAGCGUUCGGUCGUUGGUGCAAGAGCUGCAAGAUGAUAUGCCUCCGAUCAGAGGCAUCAUUCACGCUGCCAUGGUCCUCAGAGACGUCCUCUAUGAGAAGAUGACAUUUGAAGACUACCAGGCCGUUGUCCGAAGCAAAAUCUCCGGGGCGUGGAACUUUCACACCGCACUUAUCGAUACUCCUCUCCAGUUCUUCAUUGUUCUCUCGUCCGUUGCUGGCAUCGUUGGCAACCGGGGCCAAGCACACUAUUCCGCUGCCAACACGUAUCUAGACGCCCUUGUCCUGCACCGACGCCGUAAAGGCCUGGCAGCCGCCUCUAUUGAUCUGGCCGCGGUCGAGGGCGUGGGUUACCUCGCUGACAAUGCGGCCAAGAUGUCCCAGGUCAUGAGGAACUUGUCCGAUAACACCGUGGGCGAAGCUGAGGUCCUGGCAUUGAUCGAGUCCGCCAUGACGGGCAAAGUCGAGGGCUUCUGCCAGGGGCAAGUGGUUACUGGGCUGGGUUUCGACAACGCAUCGUCAAUGCCGUUUUACGCCUCGGAUGCCAAGUUUUCUUACCUCCGCGAUGCUCUGCUCGCCUCAUCAGCCGAUGCAGACAAACUGUCGGGAUCUGAGGAGCUGUCCAUCUCUCAGCAGCUCCGAAGAUGCACGACCGAAGAAGAAGCUCAAGACGUCGUGACGCUUGGUCUUCGAGACAAGCUCGGGGCCAUCCUGAUGCUGCCGGACGAGGUCAUGGCGGCACGGCAGGGAAACACGUCCAUCACAGCCUUUGGGCUUGACUCGCUCAAUGCCAUUGAGCUGCGGAACUGGAUCGGAAAAGAGCUGCAGGCUCAUCUGCAGGUUCUGGAGCUGCUGACGAGCGGACGAGUGGCGGAUCUGGCGGCUCUGGUGCUGCGCAAGUCGAGGAUCGAGGGAGUCUGGACGAAGGAGUGA